AUGACUNACCCGGUGCCCAACAGGCAAUGGAGUGGAGGGGGGAAUGGGGAGUAUCGUGUGCGAAGACAGCUGUCAGUGUCGUCCGACUCCAAACUCCUGGACGAGGGUGCGAGGGAAGACGCCCGGGUGGUCAUGAGGCCUAAAAGGCCGCCUAGGCCCAAGUCAGAGGCCUUUUUAGGGCCGCAUGACCACUCCAACCGACGCACCAAGCGAUUUAGUGCCUUUGGGGGUGACUCUCCGUUCGGGAAGUCCGAAGCCUACAUAAAACUAGAGCAACUCGGUGAGGGUUCCUACGCCACAGUAUAUAAGGGAUAUAGCAAGUGA